GUCAAGUAGGGGGCAGCCUGGCUUCCCUCACUGGCCAGAUUUCGAACUUCACGAAGGAUAUGCUGUUGGAGGGCACGGAGGAUGUGCCAGCAGAUUUCCCUAAUUCCGGGAGAGAGGAGAAUGAAGCCACUCAUUCAGUCUUAAGAUCAGAGAAUGAAAGGCUUAAAAAGCUUUACACUGAUCUAGAGGAAAAGCAUGAAGCAUCCGAACUUCAAAUUAAGCAGCAAUCUUCCAGUUACCGAAGUCAGUUACAGCAGAAAGAGGAAGAAAUCAACCACCUUAAAGCAAGGCAGCUCGCACUACAGGAUGAACUGCUCAGACUGCAGUCAGCUGCUCAGUCAGCCCACUUAGGAUCUGGCAGCGCACCAGCAGCCAGUGCAUCAUCUUCAUUCAGCUAUGGGGUCAGUCAUCGUGUGUCAGCCUUCCAUGAAGACGACAUGGACUUUGGUGAUGUGAUCUCAUCACAACAAGAAAUAAACAGAUUAUCAAAUGAAGUUUCAAGACUUGAGUCUGAACUUGGACAUUGGAGACAUAUUGCUCAGACUAAGGUACAGGGAGCACAAAGCUCUGAUCAAACUGAAAUCUGCAAACUACAAAAUAUUAUUAAGGAACUUAAACAGAACAGAAGUCAGGACCUCGAUGACCAUCAGCAUGAGCUGUCAGCCCUGCAGAACGCUCAUCAGCAGAAGCUGACAGAGAUAAGUCGGCGGCAUCGAGAGGAGUUAAGUGACUAUGAAGAGCGUAUUGAAGAACUGGAAAAUCUGUUACAGCAAGGUGGCUCAGGAGUUACGGUAACUGAUCACUCUAAAGUGUAUGAGAUGCAAAACACUAUUCAGAUCUUACAGAUGGAAAAAGUAGAAUCUACCAAACAAAUCGAAGACCUUGAGAAUAAAAUAAAAGAGAUACAUAAAAGAUUGUCUUCUGCAGAACAUGACCAGGAAGUCUGGAAAAAAGAACAAGAGCGGCUGGAAGUGGAAAAGAGAGAGAUGACUGAGCAGUGUGAGCGCUUGAAGCUGGAACUCAGUGAAGCCCAGCAGAGUGCUCUGCGGCAGAGUGAUGCUGCGGUGGAGGAGGAGACGAUCCUCCCACACAGCUCCUCAGUCGCAGAGGUCCUGAGAUUGCAGCAAGCUUUGACUGGUAUAAAGCGUUUGGAACUUACAUUGGUGUUUCUUGGCACACUAGGUCUUUUUAGAGACAAGCACUUGAAUAAUUGCAAGGUUUAUGGAAAUUAAGUUUAUGGACAUGAUUAUGUAAUUAGAGUAGAAUUGUGGGGCUUGGAUUCAGCACCAAACACUUGUCUGCUGGUAGGGGGUAAGGAUUAGCAGGGUGUCCUUGGCCUCCCUUCCUCAUUCUUUUAGGUGUUUACAUAGAAGUUAGUGAUUCAGAAAGCCAGGUAGAUUGCUAAGAGGUUGUGGGUAUAGCGAUUGUUAUUCAUAGGCGUUGCUCUGUUUCUUUAAUGUAGACAGAACUGAGUACUGUAUGUACCUAAUCAGAGCCCAGAUUCUUCCAUUAGGGAAUGAGUAUUGAAGGAAGUAGACAGAGCCCAGUCAGUGUCCAGUCAUAGCAGGAAAGAGUGGGAGGGAGCUCCUCAGCUGAGAAGAUGCAAACUCUGUAUGAACUCAUCCAUUCCUGCUCUGAAAGGAGCAGUUCUGUGUGCUUGUGAGCACCUGUAUCUGUAUCCUACAUGCCAGUAUAUCAUGAGCUCCUGACCCCAAUUCAACUUAAAAUUAAAUGUAACGUAAGAUUAUCUUCUCCUCUCCCUUCCUUGCAUUCCUUCCCUAACCUCUCGGAAGCAGAAUUCUAGAAGUCAACCAUGUUCUGUAGUUUUUAGUUCCUUGAUUUCUUUCUGUGUGAGUGAUAUUCAGGAUUGCAUCCCCCAGGACCAGGGUUUCUUAAGUGCUUCAGCACUGGGGGCUGCCACUUGGGUAAAGGGAGGGUAGUUCAGAGGGGGAUCUGGACCUCCAAGGAGCUCGGUUCUAUUUAUUUAUUUAUUUAUUUAUUUAGGUUUUUCCAGGGGGUUUCUCUGUAUGUCUGGAUGUCCUGGAACUCACUUUGUAGAUCAGGCUGGCCUCGAACUCAGAAAUCCGCCUGCCUCUGCCUCCCAAGUGCUGGGAUUAAAGGCAUGCGCCACCACGCCCGGCUUGAGCUCUGCUCAUUUUAAGUGUAUUUUCUUACCAUAUUGAGUGAGCCUCCUGAGUCUGGUUAACAGUAGAGCCACUCUCCUAGUUCUUCCUUCCCUUUUUUCCCAUUUCUAUAGCCGUGGAAUUACGUCAGUCAGGAAAUAACUACUUAUUUGCUGAGUUAACUGUUAACAGAUCUCAUAGUGGAGUAAGCAGAAAAAUGGUUAAGAACAACAGAGUUGGGGCCUGGAGAGGCAGCUCAGUUGUUAUAAGUGCUUGCUGAGCAAUUAUGAGGACGGGGCUUUGGAUCCCAUCAUCCAAAUAUCAGCCUGAGCAUACUGUGUGAGCCUGUAACCUGAGCUUUGAGGGGAAGGAAACAGGAGGAUUGCUGGCUACUGUCCUGGCCUAGAAAUAUGAGUUGGCUGGAGGAAGAGACCCUGCCUUAAAAGACUACUAGAUAGGUGGCGAGUGACAGUGGAGGAAGUACAGAACACCCUCUCUUGGCCUGUGAAUAGGCAUACAGAUACACUCACACAUGCAAAUCACUCUUUAAAAACCAAGACGGUUGGGCUAGGAAAUAGUAUUAUCUUACUUGUAGGGAUGGAGUAGUUGUGUGGGCUCUGUGAGUUACUAUCGUCUGCAGACUCUCCUUUUGAACAGCAUCUGUUCCCAUGUGAGUGUUAGAACAGUAUUGGCUGUUUAUUCUCUGGUUUCUGUUAUUUUUGUUUAUCUUUUUCUUUCUACUAUGCAGCUAGAGUAAAGUUUUAGAAGUACAAAGCCCCUACUUUAUAGUACUGUAUGGCUUUAUGGGAACUUGAAGAUGCACUCUGAGCUUUGUUAGUUGAAUGUGAUGUUUCUGGUCUUCUGGUCUGCAUUUACUCCCUCAGUUUAUUCCCAUCGCCCAGCUUUGUAACUUAGCCAUAGUGGACUCUGUGGUUCCUUCAGUCAGCAUUGUCUUAGCUCGUUCUCCUUAGUUUUGCUGCAUUGUCUGGAUACUGUCCCUAGUUUUCUUUUGGCCGACUAAUAUUACAUUGACCCAGUGGAGGUCUUACCUGCACCAAGGAAGAGGAGGAGGACCUGCGUUGCCUCUUGCAGGGCCGCUUUGUUCCCACCCAGUCAGGACUAGAUGCUCACCCUUUGUGCCCUCACAGUGGUCAUGCUUGCUCUUUCACACUGUAGGCAGCCAUUGUUUACUUGUUUCUACCACAAUUCUAUUCUGAAGUGUAAGCUCACAGAGCUAACGCUGGCUUUGUCAUAAAUGCUCAGUUGUCUUGGGAUGAGAGGUGAAUGAAUUGCUUCAGCUGCUCUCGUGUUCUCUGUCUCUGGACUCCUCUUCCAGAGCCUUCCUUCUCUGUGGAUCUGUAUGCAGUACAGUGUUACUACAUUGCUUUAUCUAAGAUGCUGAAAAUGAAAUAAUGAGACUAAGGAGUUUAAACCAGGAUAUCAGUCUUGCUGAAGACAAUCAGAAACUUCAAAUGUGUGUCCAAACUUUAGAAAAAGAGAAGUCUUUAUUGAGUCAAGAAAAGGAAGAACUUCAGAUAUCACUUUCCAAACUGAGCAGUGAAUAUGAAGUCAUUAAAAGUACAGCUACAAGGGACUUAGAUUUGUUUUCUCAAGUACAUGACUUAAAACAUAACCUGGAGGCGAAGGAGCAAGAACUGAACCAGAGUAUUCAUGAAAAUGAAAUCCUUAUGGCUGAAUUAGAAGAACUGGACAAGCAGAACCAAGAGGCUACUAAGCAUGUGAUUUUGAUAAAAGAUCAGCUAUCAAAACAACAAAGUGAAGGAGAUAGUGUCAUCAAGAAACUGAAAGAAGAGCUAGCUGGUGAGAAGCAGAGAACCCAUCAGCUUGAGGAUGAUAAAAUGAAUAUUAUUAAAGAGUUAACCGUACAGAAAGAAAAGCUAACUCACAGUGAACAGGCCCUAAGUGAUUUACAGUUAACCAAACAGAAGCUUGAAGAUAAAGUAGAAGAUUUAGUAGAUCAGCUAAGUAAAUCAGAGAAAAACAAUUUUGACAUUCAGAAGGAGAACCAUGAACUGAGGGAACACAUCAGACAAAAUGAAGAGGAGCUGUCCACAGUCAGGAGUGAGUUAACUCAGUCCCAAACCCAGGGCUCCAGCAGGAACGUGAAGGAUGACUUACUUAAAGAAAGGGAAACUCAAGUUCAAAACUUAAAGCAAAAUCUUUCAGAAGUAGAACAGCUCAAUGAACAUUUAGAGCAAGUUGCUUUUGAUCUCAGAACAGAAAAUGAAGAGUUGCUUGAAGCAUAUGAAGAGGUAAGAAAUCAGUUGGAAGAAUCUGUUGCUGGCAACAAGCAGAUUUCUCUGGAAAAAACUGCUAUGCUGGAAUGGGAAAAGGCACCACUAGAAACAGAGCUGUGUCGAGCUGAAAAGCGGGUGUUGGAAGAAGAGCGGAAGUACGAGCAAACUGUCCAGGAACUGUCCAGCGCGUGCAGCCCCGAUACCUCCGCCUUACAGCUGGAACAGGAGCGCUUAAUUCAACUCAAUCAAGAAAAAGACUUUGAAAUAGCAGAACUCAAAAAAAGUAUUGAGCAAAUGGAUACUGAUCAUAAACGAACCAAGGAGACUUUGUCAUCUAGUUUAGAAGAGCAGAAACAAUUGACACAACUUAUAAAUGAGAAAGAGAUUUGUAUUGUGAAACUUAAAGAAAAAAGUUCAGAACUGCAGAAGGAAUUAGACAAAUGUGCUCAGACCUUAAGGAAAAAUGAGACUUUAAGGCAGACCAUAGAAGAAAAGGAUAGAAGUCUUGGAUCCAUGAAAGAAGAGAACAAUCACUUGCAAGAGGAGCUGGAGCGGCUCCGGGAGCAGCAGAGUCGGGUAGUGCCCGCGCCUGAGCCCAGAACCCUUGACAGCACCACCGAGCUGGAGUCUGAGCUGUCUCAGCUGCACAGAAUCAAGGGUCAUCUGGAAGAAGAGAUUAAACAUCACCAGAAGAUGAUUGAAGAUCAAAACCAGAGCAAGCUGCAGCUACUCCAGUCUCUACAGGAGCAGAAGAAAGAACUGGAUGAGUUUAAAUACCAGCAUGAACAAAUGAGUAUCUCACACACACGACUCUUUUUAGAAAAAGAUGAGGAAAUUAAGAACUUGCAAAAAACAAUUGAACAAAUAAAAGCCCAGUUGCAUGAAGAAAGGCAGGAUAGUCAAACAGAGAAUUCCGAUAUUUUUCAAGAAACAAAAGUUCAGAGCCUUAGUAUAGAACAUGGAAGUGAAAAACAUGACCUCUCUAAAGCGGAGACGGAAAGGUUAGUGAAGGGGAUAAAGGAGAGGGAGCUGGAGAUCAAGCUUCUGAAUGAGAAGAACACCUCGCUAACUAAACAGAUCGAUCAGCUGUCCAAAGACGAGGUCGGCAAGCUCACGCAGAUCAUCCAGCAGAAGGACUUGGAGAUACAGGCUCUUCAUGCCAGGAUCUCCUCCGCGUCCUACUCACAGGAUGUUGUGUACCUUCAGCAGCAGCUGCAUGCAUACGCUAUGGAAAGAGAGAAAGUGAUGGUUAUUUUGAAUGAGAAGACAAGGGAAAAUAGCCAGCUAAAAACAGAAUAUCAUAAGGUGAUCGAUAUUAUUAGUGCCAAAGAAGCAGCCCUUAUUAAGUUGCAAGAUGAGAAUAAGAAAAUGUCCACUAGAUUUGAAAGUAGUGGUCAAGAUAUGUUUAAAGAAACUAUUCAGAAUUUAUCCCGGAUCAUUCGAGAAAAGGACAUUGAGAUCGAUGCACUGAGUCAGAAGUGCCAGACCCUGCUGACAGUCUUGCAGACUUCUGGCACGGGGAGUGAGGCUGGAGGGGUUAACAGUAACCAGUUUGAGGAGCUCUUACAGGAGCGGGAUAAACUGAAGCAGCAGGUGAAGAAAAUGGAGGAGUGGAAACAACAAGUGAUGACCACCGUCCAGAACAUGCAGCACGAGUCUGCCCAGCUCCAGGAAGAGCUUCACCAACUUCAGGCACAAGUUUCGGUUGACAGUGAUAACAAUUCUAAACUGCAAGUGGACUACACAGGCCUGAUCCAAAGUUAUGAGCAGAAUGAAACCAAACUUAAGAACUUUGGGCAGGAAUUGGCACAAGUUCAGCAUAGCAUAGGGCAGCUUUGUAAUACCAAGGACCUUCUUUUAGGAAAACUUGAUAUUAUGUCUCCUCAGCUCUCCUCUGGCUCAUCACUUACCUCUCAGGCAGCAGAGCCUCUUAGAGCAAGCCAGUCUUCUGAGCCACAUGAGUCUUCUCAGUUGCUUCAACAAGAAGUAGAUGAUCUGAGAAAAUCACUGCAGGAGAAAGAUGCCACAAUUCGAACGCUCCAGGAAAACAAUCAUAGACUGUCUGACUCUGUUGCUGCUUCCUCAGAGGUAGAAAGAAAAGAACACGAGCAAGCUGAUUCAGAAAUUAAGCAGCUGAAGGAAAAACAAGAGGUUUUACAAAACUUGCUUAAGGAAAAAGACCUCUUAAUCAAAGCCAAAAGUGACCAAUUACAUUCUUCAAAUGAAAACCUUGCUAACAAAGUGAAUGAAAACGAGCUUUUGAGGCAGGCAGUGACAAAUUUGAAGGAGAGAAUAUUGAUUUUAGAAAUGGACAUUUCUAAAUUAAAAGGGGAAAAUGAAAAAAUAGUAGACGCAUCCAAGGGGAAGGAAACAGAAUACCAGGCGUUACAAGAGACCAACAUGAAGUUUUCCAUGAUGUUACGAGAAAAGGAGUUUGAAUGCCAUUCAAUGAGAGAGAAGGCACUUGCUUUUGAGCAACUACUGAAAGAAAAAGAACAGGGCAAGGCUGGGGAGCUAAAUCAACUUUUAAAUGCAGUUAAAUCAAUGCAGGAGAAGACAGUUACGUUUCAGCAGGAAAGAGACCAAGUUAUGUUGGCCCUGAAACAGAAGCAAAUGGAAACCAGUACCCUGCAGAAUGAGGUCCAGCGCUUACGGGACAAAGAAUCCCGGCUGAACCAGGAGCUACAGAGACUGCGUGACCACCUCUUAGAGUCAGAAGACUCUCAUACGCGGGAAGCUUUGGCUGCAGAAGACAGAGAGGCCAAACUGAGGAAGAAGGUCUCGGUGUUGGAGGAAAAGCUGGUGUCAUCCUCUAAUGCAAUGGAAAACGCAAGUCAUCAAGCCAGUGUGCAAGUAGAGUCUUUACAAGAACAACUGAACAUGGUCUCCAAGCAAAGAGAUGAGACUGCCCUGCAACUCUCUGUCUCUCAGGAACAAGUGAAGCAGUAUGCUUUGUCACUAGCCAAUCUGCAGAUGGUUCUUGAACACUUCCAACAAGAGGAAAAAGCUAUGUAUUCUGCUGAAUUAGAAAAGCAAAACCACCUCUUAGCUGAAUGGAAGAAAAAGGCAGAGAGUCUGGAAGGAAAAGUGUUAUCGCUGCAGGAACGUUUGGAUGAAGCAAAUGCUGCACUGGAUUCAGCAUCAAGACUUACAGAACAGUUAGAUUUAAAAGAAGAGCAAAUUGAAGAACUUAAAAAGCAAAAUGAGCUCCACCAAGAGAUGCUGGACGACGCGCAGAAGAAACUGAUGAGCUUGGUCAACAGCACAGAAGGGAAAGUGGACAAAGUCCUCAUGAGAAACCUCUUUAUCGGUCAUUUCCACACACCUAAACACCAGCGUCACGAAGUCCUUCGGCUCAUGGGGAGCAUCCUGGGUGUUAAAAGGGAAGAGAUGGAGCAGCUGUUUGCAGAAGAUCAAGGAGGUGUUACUCGGUGGAUGGCUGGAUGGCUGGGAGGAGGAUCGAAAAGUGUGCCCAAUACACCUUUGAGACCAAAUCAGCAGUCUGUGUUCAAUAGUUCUUUUUCAGAACUCUUUGUUAAAUUUCUGGAAACAGAAUCUCAUCCAUCUGUCCCGCCUCCAAAGCUGUCAGUCCAUGGCCUGAAGCCUCUAGAUUCUCCAGGAAGAAGGAAAGCUGACACAGGCAUACCCGAAAGUUUUAGAGAUACAGCAGAAUCCAGGGCAGGAAGAAGAACAGAUGUGAAUCCAUUCUUGGCUCCCCGCUCAGCAGCUGUGCCCCUUAUUAACCCAGCUGGACAUGGACCUGGUGGGCCUGGGCAUCUUCUUUUGAAACCCAUCUCAGAUGUUCUACCCACGUUUACACCUUUGCCAGUGUCACCUGACAACAGUGCAGGUGUUGUAUUGAAAGACCUUCUAAAGCAAUAGGUAGCUUUCAAGGCUGAGACUUAGUAGCACUUUAAAGAAACCAUGAACACUGUAUGUGUGUGAACUUUAUCACAAAGUGGCCUUCUAGAAAGAGUCAUUUAUUUGUUUGUAGUUAUAAUUUCUCUGUUAAUAAAAAUAUUCUUAAUGCUUUUAGAAAUUGCAGGUGUCAGAAGAGCAAGUAUCUGAUAUAUAAUCUACUUUUUUUCACUUUAUGAUGUUACUUAAUUUAAAACUAGAAACAUUUGGUUUACUUUUUAAUUUACAAAACUCUAAAGGAGAGGCAAGAAUAGUAAAUGUCUGUCUGUUUUUAUUUCCCCGAAUUUUCAAGCUCAUUUAUUAUAUGAGUAUGUGGUUCGUCUUUUAAAGAUAAGGAAUUCACCGCUCCGCCCCACCCCCCACCCCCACCCCCAACGAUGCCUAAUAAAGGCUUCUGUACAUGGAGCAGAAAGUGCUCUGCAAUACAUAUUGAUCACCUGUAGAGGACCUUGCGCUCUACAGAGCACAGAGAACAAAGCUGGUCCUGGGAGGUUAUUAGUGCACUGAGGCAAGGCAGGUAUUUGGUUCUAUGCAAUUUCAUCAUAUGUGUAGGUUCAUCUGACCAUCUCGAUCAGGAUCCAACUGUUCAUCAGAAAGCUCCUCCAGCUGCCGUUUUCUAACCCUCAAUGCCUCUCUAAUCCCUACAACCACUGUCACCCUCUAUAAUUUUGUUAUUCUGUAAAUGCUGUUUAAAUGAAAUCAUACGUUAUGUAACCUCUUGAAAUGGGUGUUUUUCACUUAACAUAAUUCCCUUGGGAUCCAUCCAAGCUGUUUCAUGGGUCAGUAGUUUGUUUCUUUUUAUUGUGGAGUACAUGCUGUGAGUAACUAGAUGGGAUCAUUUAGUUUCAAGAGCUGAACUGUCUUUUUAAAGUGUCACCUAAAACUACAGGUUUGCAGCUAGGCCUGGUGGCUCGUGGUUAAUCCCACCACCUGAGAGACAGAAGCAAGAGGAUUGCUUAGGAUUUGAGGCUAGCCUGGUCUACAUAGUGAGUUUCAGGUUAGCCAGAGCAAGAGCCAUAGUGAACUCCUCCUUCAAAACACACACACACACCAAAAAACCUAAACAAUAAAAAACCAUAAGGUUUUCUUGCACAAACGCACAAAUACACGUAACUUUUCUGUAAGGUUACACUUUAUGUAUGGCUGUAUCCACGUAAACCUUAGAGCACUGUUAGCAAUAUCCUGAGACCCGUCACCUCCUGCCUCAGUGUGAGCUUUCCCUGUGUGGGGUGCAGCGCUCUGUGCUUACUCUGGAGGCCGUUUCAGUGCACCAACACCAAGUGUUGGGACUUCCAAGUAUUUCUAAACCUUUUUCCAAAGCCGUUAGAAAGAAAACAUCCUGAUCCCCAGCUUCACUGUAUAAGGAUGCUCACAUUGGUAUUCAUUGUUGGCACUGUACAUGUACAAGUCAUGUCUUCUUACAUAUUUUGUAAAUUAAGAUAAGCCUUUAAAACAGAAAAGCCUAUAUAAGCAAGGAACAGUGGAAAUGAGACUAAGAAAGCGUCGGCAGUCCUGGCGCCUGUCAGUGCUAACUUGGGUUGUUUGUGAAUUUACCUGGGGUAACCUGCAUAUUUCUAAUGUGUUUGGAAGCCUGGAGGUGUUGAUGAUGUGUUGAUGGUUAAAACGUCUUUUUCUGAAAAAUUAAGUAACUGAGAUAAUGCUGCUUUCUGAUGUCACCUGUGUCCUUAACUAACUUAUUAUGCUAAUUUCUCUGCUGUGUGUUAGAAAAAGUUGCCCUCAGAGUUAAUGGAAAUGCUACGUUGCUCCAGCCAGUUUUGCUGAUGUUACAGAUGCCCCUCAACUUACAGUGGGCACACAGCCCAAUAAACCCACCCUAAUAAAAAACGUCUUGAAUUGAGCAUUUGUUUGCUCUACUCAGCUGUCAGUUGGCCCCACAGGGGCUCUGUGCCCACGGCUGCCCAGCACUGAGAGGAGAGAGACUAAAUCCGAGGCGUGGUUUCAGUUUAGUGUGUAUCAUUUUGGCCAACUCCACAGUUGAAACAGUUAAGCCAUUGUAAGUUGAGGGUCUACUGAUAGAGGUUUUUAUGUGUUUCGUAAAAAGUUACUCUCUCUCAUUAGCCUGGAUCAUGUACUGCUUGCCAGGAAAUGUUAAGUUAUGAAUAAAGUAGCCAAAAGACUUUACACUAAGAAGAAAAUGGAAGAUGUAAAUGGUUUUCUUUUAAAGAAGAGGCACAUGGUGGAUAUUUAAGCAAUGUGUUUUAUAUUUAAAUAACUUUUAUGACAUUUGAAGUUCUUUGACUAAAACAACCUUCCCUCCCUCACUGUUUCAUGUAACCUAAGUCUGAAGGCUGCUGUGGGGGGGGAUUCUACAUCCAGGCAUCAAAGAACACUGUCUUACAUGGCUGCUAUUGAAGUAUAUGACCUUGUCUGAAAGCUGCAGUACCUAACAUCUCUGUUGUGUGCAUUCUACAUAUGCAUUGAUCUAAACCAGACAUAACCCAUCAACUUUUCUGAAACUGAGUUGUGUCAGAGAUGAACCAUCUGCUCAAAGAGACUUCUCAGCAGAGUGCAAGAAGCACACUUGUUCAGUGAUUCCAACAGGACGCUUCUGGAGGCUCGCUGGCAGUUCUGUGGCGACUGCAGAAGUCUAUCUGCUCUUGAGAUUGGUGGAAUUUGUGAUUGAGUUUUGCAUCAGAAGCCACAGACUUGGUGCAGUGUUGUAACUGCUGCGAGUGGGCUGUGGAUGUCUUUCUGCACUUAGAAUUUGUAGUUGAAUUUUGCAUUGGAAGCCACAGUUCUUCACAACAUUCCUAAUGGUUUUCAAGUACAGUGAAAUACACUAUCAAGAAUUCACCCUGCUGUUGGUGUUGAUUGAAUGUAAUCACCGGCAUGUGUGCUGUUGAGUUUACGUCCACAUAUUCUUGUUUGUUUUUUAAAGGGGGCAGGGGAACCAAAGCACAUCGUCAAAACUGAGAUGGCACGCAGGGCAUGCAGCUGGCCAGCUCAGCAUCAGCCAGCUCAGCAUCAGCAUCAGCAUCACCCAGAAAGUCUUUAGAUGCUUUAAUCACCGAGGAUGCAAGAAGAUCAAGUCAGCUACGGGAGGGAGGCACAGGUGAAGAUGAAAACCAUUUGAACUGGGUUUUUUAAAUUAAAGAAAAUUUCAUAUAUCAAAGCAUUUAAAGCACCUUCUAUCAACAAAAAUUUUUCUUCUGUAAAUAUCAGUUAGGUAAUAUUUAUUUUAUAUAUUCCUAUGAGAAAAUGAUCAUUGUAAUGUUGACAUUUGUGAUGAUUUGUCAGCCUGUACAUCUUAACUUAUUAUGAUUUAAUCACCUAAAAUUGAUACAUUGUCUUGAUUUAUAGGAAGGUAUCUAAAUGUGAGAGAUUUCCAACUGUUCCAUUGUGUUCUAUAUAGAGCUACAGCCAAUGCACUCUUGAAUUUCUCAGGAGCAUUGCAAGGCAAAAAAAAAAAAAAAAAAACCUUCCAAAUAAAAAUGAUAUAAAUUG